AUGUCCUGGGCGCCCCUCCUCCCAUUAUUGAUGGCUGCGCUCCUGCCCCUGCUCCCGCUGCUGCUGCUGCUGCCGGGCCGGGGACCGCCGGGGGUCCUGGGCAACCGCCACGCCGUGCAUUGGAACAGCUCCAACCUGCAUCUGCGUCGGGAGGGCUACACGGUGCAGGUGAACGUCAACGACUACCUGGACAUCUACUGCCCGCACUACAACACUUCGGUGCCCGAGCACCGGCUGGAGCAGUACGUGCUCUACAUGGUGAACGCGGAGGGAUACCGGACCUGCAACACCAGCCAGGGAUUCAAGCGCUGGGAGUGCAACCGGCCCCACGCACCGCACAGCCCCAUCAAGUUCUCGGAGAAGUUCCAGCGCUACAGCGCCUUCUCGCUGGGCUACGAGUUCCGCGCAGGGCAGGAGUACUACUACAUCUCCACCCCAACCCACAACCACCGCCGGGCCUGCCUGAAGAUGAAGGUGUUUGUGUGCUGUGCCACUACGUCGCACUCCGGGGAGAAGCUGGCACCCACCCUGCCGCAAUUCACCCUGCGGCCAGAGGUGAAGAUCGAGGACCUGGACAACUUCAACCCAGAGAUGCCCAAGCUGGAGAAGAGUAUCAGUGGCACCAGCCCCAAGCGGGAACACUUGCCUCUGGCUGUGGCCGCUGCACUCUUCCUCAUGACGCUGUUGGCCUCCUAG